CACGUGGUGAAGGCAGCCGCGCAGUGAAGCGCGCCCGCACCGCGCUCGAUAAGACACUUGCCUGCUGCGCCUCUCGGUCGACUUCUAAUCGCGCGCGACGCGUCGACCAGCCAGGCCAAAGCCAGUCACUCCAGGACAGGUGAUACGACGUCCGCCGCACUCGCGCAUUCCAUGGCCCCCAAAGCUGUUGAGGCGUCUGAUGGGCGGCAGGUCGAGCUAUACCGAGAGCCUCUCACCACUCCAGGCCUGGUCCCCACUCACUUGAAGCGAGCCACCGCGGAUGCAAACCCGAUCAUCGAAGUCAUACAACGGUUUCUGGCCCAUGCCCAGCCUGGCAGCGGCGCGACGAUCGAGAAACUCGUUGGGCUGGUCGCGCUCUACAAGGUUGUUUCGCCGGUAUGGCGCUUUGUGAAGGAUCUUUUCCUUCGGUCGCUGACAAGCCGCAUCUCGAUCUCCGAGUAUGAUCCUGUCGCUCAAGAGAUCAUACAAUGGGUUUCGGCAGAAGUCGUCAACAAAGGCCUUCUGAGUACUAGCGCUACAGUCAUGACUGGGGACAUGAGCCUGUAUAUGGUCCCAGACGUGUAUGGUGAGCUACGAAGACAGCCUAAGCGGCAAUCCGACGACGUGAGCUGUAUCCCGCCAAUAGGGAAGAAGAUCUUCUGGGUCGGGUUUCGUCCGUUUCUGUUCGCUCGCACUGGGUCUGUAACCGGUACGAAGAGUCAGCGUGGAGGUGCGAUGAUCGACUAUCAAGGGACACCGCAAAAUUCAGUCGUUCUCCUUACCCCCGGAUGGAGCCUACGCCCACUCAUGGACUUCAUCAAGCACUGCCAUGAGUACAAGCUUAUCAAUAUGGAUGGUUCCACAAAUAUCUAUUUCUCUAGCGGCAAAGUGGAUCCUUACAGCGGCCAUCUCUGGUCUACAGUCGUCAAAGCAAGGCGCAAACUCGAUACUAUUGACAUGGACGCUACAUUGAAGGCCGAGCUUGUCUCCGAUGCCGAAUACUACUAUAGCGACGAAUCGAGGAAGUUUUUCGCAGAUUGCGGUAUUCCCUAUCGUCGUGGCUAUCUCUUUUACGGCCCGCCUGGUACGGGCAAGACUAGCUUCAGCGCCGCUCUUGCUGGUCAUUUGGGUUGUGAUCUCUAUCUCAUCAAUCUUGCGACGGGGGACGUCAGCGAUGGACACCUACAUCGACUCUUUCUUGCAUUGCCUCGCAAAUGCAUAGUGGUUAUCGAAGAUAUUGAUAGCUGCGGUAUUGGUCGCGAGCAAGGCCCUGCGUCAACCGAACCGAAACAGCCAUCAGCGACAGCUCCGUCAGAACUCCCAAUCACGUCAGAUGGAGUGCAUCGCCUUGGAUAUCCCCCUGCGUCGGCAAAGCGGCAUAUGGUUACUCUGUCCGGUCUUCUCAAUGCCAUCGACGGAAACGCCUCGGCCGAAGGCCGGUUGUUGAUCAUGACCUCGAACAAUCCAAAUAUUCUAGACGAGGCUCUCACCCGCCCCGGCCGUAUCGACUUGAAAGUGUGUUUUGGAAAGAUGAUGCCCAAAGCCAUUCACGAUAUCUUCAAGCGCCUCAUCGGUCGUGCCGCGAUUGCCGGCAAGCGGUACGCAGAACAUGAAAUCGAGGAGUUUGCGAGGACCUUCACCACCAAGGUCCCUCCAAAUACCUUCACGCCAGCGCAAGUCCAAAACUUCCUUCAGAGCUGCCGAGGCGACCCUAUCAAAGCGAUGCAAGGAGUAGACGCAUGGAUCGAAAAGGCUCGCGAUCAGUCACCUGAGGAGGCUGUAAAGGAGAGCGCUCCGCUAGUGCCACCUCCUGAGGCGGCUGAGGCCAUUAUGGAUGAUCUGGAUGACUACCUCUGUUAGCGCUACAGAGACAGCUUGACCUCAUACACACGUGCAUCAGGUACACGAAAGAUAUGAUGUUAUGAUAGCGAGGGCACGUGGC